GCCCCUUCCCCAAACUUAAGCCAGGCUGGAGCCUCCCCCAGUCCCCCCACAGUGCCUCAGCGCACCGGGGUCCGUCCGUCCGUCCGUCUGUCUGUCCCACAGAGGCCGAGGGGUGCAGGCUCUGCCCCGUGGGCUGGAUGCUGGGCAGGACCAAGUGCUACUGGGUCUCGGAAAGGAUGAACUCGUGGCACGGGAGCCGGGAGGACUGCGGGGCCCGCGGGGCCGCGAUGGCGAUGCCGCGGGACAAGGACGAGCUGGAUUCCCUCAACGAGACCCUGAGGAAACCCACGCGCCACUUCUGGAUCGGGCUCUCGGUGCCCGCGCCCGGGAUGGGCUGGACGUGGGUGAACGGCUCCCGCCCGGACUGGAGCCGGUUCCCGCAGGACCUCGGGGAGGGUCCCGGAGCCUGCGGGGCGCUCAAGGGGGACAGGAUCGACCCCCGCGCCUGCGACACGGGGCUGCAGUGGAUCUGCCAGACGGAGUCCGCCCGGAUCUGAGCCUCCAUCGCACCCAAACCCCACCGUUAAUGCGCGAAAAAAUCCCGAUUCCCGUGGGUUCGGCACCCACCGGCAGCUCCCGGGGCACGGGCAGGACCGCGGCCGGGGAAAGUCGGGGGGCGGAGGAGAAAUCG